CAAGAGACUCUGGGAGAGAAAAAGUAAUGCCCAGGACCAGUCUGUGAAUCCAGCACUGAAGACAGACCCAGGGGCAAGAACUACUGCGCCCCAUCAGGGCACUGGCCCCAGGAGAGGGAAUUCACUACCGUGAGAUUGGAAAAGGGUGCCAGAAGGCUUCCACUGCAAGAUCAUGGGGCAGGACUGCAAACUUCAGACCUGAGCCCAAGGAAGAGAGACUGCAGCAUUCCUGUUAACCACAGUGGCUGCCUGUAAGGUUGCCCGGUCACUAUGAACAAUGGCCCAGCUAUACUACAAAAAGGUAAACUAUUCACCGUACAGAGAUCGGAUCCCACUACAGAUCGUGCGAGCGGAGGCAGAGCUCUCGGCGGAAGAGAAGGCCUACCUCAGCGCUGUGGAGAAGGGGGACUAUGCCAGUGUGAAACAUGCCUUGCAAGAAGCAGAGAUCUACUACAACAUCAACAUUAACUGUAUGGAUCCUCUUGGUCGCAGUGCCCUUUUAAUAGCCAUAGAGAAUGAAAAUCUGGAGAUCAUGGAGUUGCUUUUGAGCCACAGUGUGUAUGUGGGAGAUGCUCUGCUGUAUGCAAUACGGAAAGAGGUGGUGGGGGCUGUGGAGCUGCUGCUGAAUUACAGGAAGCCGAGUGGUGAAAAACAGGUUCCAACCUUGAUGAUGGACACCCAGUUUUCAGAAUUCACUCCAGAUAUCACCCCAAUAAUGCUGGCGGCUCACACCAACAACUAUGAAAUCAUCAAACUGCUUGUCCAAAGACGGGUAACAAUUCCACGCCCACACCAGAUCAGAUGCAACUGUGUGGAAUGUGUCUCCAGUUCAGAGGUGGACAGCCUAAGGCAUUCCAGGUCAAGGCUGAACAUCUACAAAGCCUUAGCCAGCCCUUCGUUGAUUGCCUUAUCAAGUGAGGACCCCAUCUUGACGGCCUUCCGACUGGGCUGGGAGCUGAAGGAGCUCAGCAAAGUGGAAAAUGAAUUCAAGGCUGAAUAUGAAGAGCUUUCACAGCAGUGCAAGCGUUUUGCUAAGGACCUUUUGGAUCAAGCACGGAGUUCCCGAGAAUUGGAGAUCAUUCUCAAUCACAGAGAUGAUCAAAGUGAGGAGCUGGAUCCCCAAAAAUGUCAUGAUUUGGCAAAGCUAAAGGUAGCAAUAAAGUAUCACCAGAAAGAGUUUGUUGCUCAGCCAAACUGCCAGCAGCUACUAGCAACACUUUGGUAUGACGGUUUUCCAGGAUGGAGGCGGAAACACUGGGCGGUAAAACUCUUGACCUGUGUCACCAUUGGACUGCUAUUUCCUGUGCUAUCCGUGGCAUAUCUGAUUGCACCGAAGAGCAGGCUGGGACUGUUCAUUAAAAAGCCAUUUAUAAAGUUUAUCUGCCACACUGGCUCUUACCUAACCUUCCUCUUCAUGCUCCUGCUGGCAUCGCAGCACAUUGUCAGGACUGACCUUCACAUGCAGGGACCACCUCCCACCAUCGUGGAGUGGAUGAUCCUGCCCUGGGUUCUAGGUUUUAUCUGGGGAGAAAUCAAGGAAAUGUGGGAUGGUGGAUUCAAUGAGUAUGUACAUGACUGGUGGAAUCUGAUGGAUUUUGCAAUGAACUCCCUCUAUCUUGCAACUAUCUCCCUUAAAAUUGUGGCCUACGUCAAGUAUAAUGGUUCUCGUCCAAGGGAGGAAUGGGAAAUGUGGCACCCGACUCUCAUUGCAGAAGCCCUCUUUGCAAUAUCCAACAUUUUAAGUUCCUUGCGUCUCAUAUCCCUGUUUACAGCAAAUUCACACCUGGGACCCUUGCAGAUUUCUCUGGGACGCAUGCUGCUAGACAUCCUUAAAUUCCUUUUUAUCUACUGUCUGGUGCUUCUGGCUUUUGCCAAUGGACUGAACCAGCUUUAUUUUUAUUAUGAGACCAGUGCCUCGGAGGAACCCAACAACUGCAAGGGGAUCCGAUGUGAGAAACAGAACAAUGCCUUCUCCACACUUUUCGAGACCCUCCAGUCACUCUUCUGGUCUGUGUUCGGUCUGCUGAAUCUCUAUGUCACCAACGUGAAAGCCAGACAUGAGUUCACAGAAUUUGUUGGGGCCACUAUGUUUGGGACCUACAACGUCAUCUCCCUUGUUGUGCUGCUGAACAUGCUCAUAGCCAUGAUGAACAACUCCUACCAGCUCAUUGCCGACCAUGCGGAUAUUGAGUGGAAGUUUGCACGGACGAAGCUCUGGAUGAGUUACUUUGAUGAGGGUGCCACUCUGCCACCUCCUUUUAACAUUGUCCCGAGUCCCAAGUCAGUUUGGUACCUUUGCAAGUGGAUUCACAAUCAGCUGUGCCCAGGAAACGACUCUGACAAUGAACAGAAGAGGCAUGAAAACCUCAAAACGUUCACAGAACGGCACGCGGACAACCUGAUUCAGAAUCAACAUUACCAGGAAGUGAUAAGAAAUCUUGUGAAAAGAUAUGUCGCAGCAAUGAUAAGGACUUCCAAAACCAAUGAAGGUUUAACUGAAGAAAAUUUCAAGGAAUUAAAACAGGACAUCUCAAGUUUUCGCUAUGAAGUUCUUGACCUCUUAGGAAACAGGAAGCCCCAGAGGAGAAGUUAUUCUACCAGCAGCACAGAGGUGUCCCAAAAGGAUGAAACAAAUGAGGAUAGUGCUGGAGAAAAAUCCAAAGCCAAGAGCGUGUCUUUCAAUGUAGCCAACAAAAAAAAGGACUUCAAUGUAUCUGCUCUAAUUAAAACUAUGUCUGGGAUCGAUAUGGUGGAAGAGAAGCCAAAAAGCAAUGGGAUCAGUAAGCGCUCUUUUGUCCGAAAUGGAAAUAGAGUUCAGAGACUUUCCAGCUCCAAGAAGGAGUCCUUUAAGAGACUGGGCCUGCUUUUCUCCAAGAUGAACGGACACGUACCUGAACCAAAUUCAGAACCCAUGUACACUAUUUCAGACGGAAUUAUUCAGCCCCACUACAUGUGGAAGGACAUUAAAUAUUCUCAGAUUGAUAAAGAGAAAGAAGAGAAUUGUUCCAAAAGUGAAAUUAACCUCAAUGAGGUGGACUACAGUGGGAACACAAGACUUACAGGACAGAGCAAGGAGUGCCCUGUGGUUUGUACCAGCUCCCUUCACUGUGCUUCCAGUAUUUGUUCCUCUAAUUCCAAACUUAUAGACUCGUCAGAGGAUGUGUUUGAUUCAUGGGGAGAGGCUUGUGACUUGUUUAUAAACCAGUGGAAAGACGGGCAGGAGGAUCACGUUACAACUCGGCUAUAAGUAAAGCUAUCUUAACAUUCGCUGGAAAACUUAGCCAAUUAUUUGUAAUGGUUUGCUCUCAUCUGAUUCAGCAUUACUAUUUCCUUUCUGUCCACAGGUGGAAAACAAAAAAAGUGUAAAACUACUUCUGUUAAUCUAUUUUAUAGCCAUCUGCACCUUUCUUAAUUUACUUUUUUUACUAAACUAAAGGUUUCACCAUUUAUAAGGUCACUAUAAACCACAGGAAUCCCUUCGGAUGCAGUCUUAGUCUUCAAACCCCACAGACUUCCGACAUGCUGGUGGCCAAGUAAAGGAUUUCUCCAGUGCUCUCAUCAUCAUCCCGCUGCCGCUGGGUUAUCGCUGCUGCUAUCCAACACAAUUGGCUCUGCAUCCUGCUCAAUUUUCCUCAUCAGCACAACCAGCUGGUGAGCAGUGGCUUAGCAGGAGGCUGCAAAUCAUAUUUAAAGUCUUUUUAGAAAGGGUUUCAACUUAUAACUGGCUUUUUGUUUUCUUUAAGCAUACAACCUCUGAUUUUUUCGGUUGUGUGUUUUUUCAGGUUGUUUAUUAUAUUGUCUCUUAUUCAGUCAUAAUUUACCCCUUUGAUUAUCCAGCUAGAACAUGCUAUGAUUUGCUUAUUUACCUAAUUCCUGUAAGAAAUUCCCCCCACAGGGAGCAGAAUGACCUUCCAGUUAGGCUGACAGUGGAAGCCAGCACCUGGCCUUGCUGCCAGGUUCUGUGUAGAUGAACUGACCCAAAACCAGCUGUGGCUGCUUGAAACAUAAACCUCAGUGUGGUUGUCAUUUCUCAUGGGCUGAGCUGAAACCCAGCCCUGAGCCUUGCCCUUACACCCCACCCCUCGAGCUGUAUCUGGUUUUUGAAAUGCCUAAUCUUACUUCCACUGCUGCAUUUGCUUUUUGCUGCCUCUCUAUGGAUGUCAGGCUUUAGGAAGAAAAUCAUCAUCCUGGUAUAUGGCAAGAGAGAUAGUCUUCCCUGGGCCUGUGAGCUGCAUUUCUGAAAAGCAACCUAAGCAAUAGCAGCUCAAACUGCAUCUGGCAGCCUGCGAAGUCUCUGCAGUUCCUUUUCUAAGGCGCAACAAAAAGGAGUGCAGCAGAUGUUACCUUUUACUUCCCCAGUUGUGGUAGUGUCCGGACAGAGCCUAGCGAUGUCACUGCUUUUGUCCUAAGGAGCAUCAGAGAGGGGAGAAGACAACCCCAUGAAGGGCAAAACGGUUGAAUUUUUAACAGUGAUUUUUUUUUUUUUUUUUUUUUUUUUUUUAACAAUGUGAUACUUGAACUUUCUUCUGCAGUGUUGCUAAGAAACACAGAUGAUUGGCACUUACUUACCACCACUUCAGAGCUGUUAUUAGUCAGCUGCUUUCUUGGAGAAAGCAAGUCCUGACCAGGAGCUCAAAAAUGGCGAUCGCGUGUGACAGAGCUUCGUUACAGUGCUCCUGCAGUCACGCCUGAGGCUCUGUUCCCAGGAGAGGUUACAUGAGCUGGAGCAUAUCCCAAGGGUGGUUGCCAAAAAUCACCUCUUCUGUGAACUGGGUUGUGAAUUGCAUUUGUAAAAGCAUAAUGCUGGAAAAUCUACACCUACUGUUGGCCUGGUCAGAUUUUAGCAGCAAGGGGCAGGAGCGGCUCUCACGGCAGCACGGAGGGUCAGGAGGAGAGGGAUUUCUCACCACAGCAGUCCCCCACAGAAGAGAUGCUGGGAUGUUUGCAGCUGGAUACUCUGCCCGAGUUUUAAACCUGACUCCCUCCUCUUGUGAAGGAAAACCACCUCGUUGUGUUUCCCUUUGGGUACCUAUACAGCAUUACCUAAAGGUCGUGAUGGAGCGCACCUACAUCAGAGAGAGAAAUGUGACCGAUGCAGCCAGCUCCUGUAGCAGAGUUGCAGAUGCCAACACACCAGACUCAUGGGAAGUUUUCAAUACAGACCUCAAUCAGGGUGGAGACCGUGGCUCUAGGCCAGCUCUGGUGUCAGGAAAAAUUAGCAACUAGGAGCAGACUCAAAAAUGGUUCUGUAUUCCUUGCUUAUAAAUGACACCAGUCUUGUUACCAGCAUGCAGUAUAAAGCCCCAAAUAUUUAAGCCCCUAGCUGUGUUAGUUAAGGCAGAGUGAAAAGCAUUUUUUGUAUCAUUGGGUUUCAGGCUUUCAUACUAAUUGCAGGGUUAGAGUUGUCUUUGAAAACUGCAUCUCCUCUUCCUUUAUGAAAGGCUUAGCAAACUGACAUCGGCACUACGCAAGGAGACUUGCAAAAUCUGAGGGUCAGAAGCAGUUUGCUGAUCAUUUGUGAAGAAAUCCAGCACCCUGGUCUUUUAAGAGGUAAAUCCAUCAAUACAAGAGAGCUGCAGUCAGAACCAACUGAAAGCAGUUCUCAAAGCAGCUCACAAUAAAAGCCCUACAGUUUAAUAAACCAAACUGAGCAUGCUUCUGGAAAGAUGAACAUUAGCAAGAGCUGCUACAGGAGGAUGAAGGAAAGGGUUUGAAUCAUUUUAUGCCUCACCUAACCACACUGCGGUUUCUGAACUCUGCUUGACAUGGGGCCAGCAAAUCUUUAUGGUAUUUCCUGUGUAACGAGUAAGAAUGAAAACAAUCCAAGUACGGUUAUGCAGAUUACAUCAACUGAGUCUGAGGCUGGGAGAGAAGCAGGGUUCAUAUCCUUGGACAGUAGAAAGGCUUUUAAGUUUUCCACAAGAGCAAACACACUGCUACUGGUGAUGGUAAUAUUGUGUCAUUCAAAUGCAGCACUGCAUUAACAGGUACAAAUAACAAAAUGAAAUGCAAUUAACUCCGCAGUGGUGCCCCCCAAAAAUGUAAAAAUGACACUGGGCAGCACAACUCCCUUCUCUGCAAACUGUGAGUCAUGUUCCCCUGCUGCGUCCUGAAAGGGCAGGGGUAGGAACUGCCACAUUGGAGUGGCAUGAUGGAUAACGCAGUCUGCAAAAAUCUCUCCAUAAUGUUAUGUUAAAGGCAAGAGGUACGUCACAUGGCUGCUUGGCUGGGGCUCCCCUGGGAUUUGUUUCAUGACUCAGAUGCUUCCUAGCUCCCAGCUAUGAGCUAGUCUGAGCUGACUUUGGAAUUUAACACAAAUAUUUGAUUUGGCUGUGGUUAAUACAUGUGUCCAGGAGUUUGCAAAACUGUCACAUUGGUCCCCCAAAAGGCAAAAUUCUGUUUGAUUGCAUCUAUGCAUCCCCUUUGGUAGCAACAGACUUCAUAGCAGCUGGUGAGUUAUUAUGAUUAUUACUCUAAAACAGGAGCUUCAGGGGAGGGAAAUUAAAGUACCUUGUGAAAAAUACAUUUGAUAAGCAAAACCUGUUUUUUUUUUAAAUUCACUUGCAGUCACAGUAUUUGGGAUUUCACUUGCAUUUUCAAUUGCUCAAAAAGAAAACAUGUUUUAGUGAAAGUUUUUCUUUCCUUCAGAGAAAUCAGUGAACUACCCCUGUGCUGUCUGUGCAAGCGACCAGGGAGGAGCUGAUGGGACACUUGGAGCUUCUCCUGUGAGGAGUUAAACUUUUCCUUGGCUUGGGUUCAAGAUGCACAGCUGUGCUCCAACUGGUACAUGCCUGGCCUUUAUUCUGUGGGCUUCAAUAAUGAUCCUUAUACAUAUGCAAGGAAUUUGGAAUUAGUUGUAGCAGAGAUCUUGACCACUUGCCCUUUCUUUAGGUGUCUUGCUCUUGAAGCUGCUUUAUUUCUCACCUCCCAUCCCCGGUGUCAUUUUCACCUAGCUUUUUAAAGCAGCACACCUACAAAUGAUCACCAAUUAAAAAGUUAACAACUAACAUCCAGGGUUAAGAAUAUCAAACAGAACUAGGAGGUGUUUGUACUCAGGUCAGAGAUUAAAGAAGUUGUUUCAGAAACAAGAAAUUAACUGACAUAUCUCUGCAGAUUAUUUGGAUAAUUGCAUUUGUAUAUUAUUCACUUACUGGUAUAUAUGUAAAUACUCAAGUAUUUGUAUAUGUGGUCCCUACAGAGGAAGCAUGCACAGCGGCAAGAGCGCAGGAUUAGCGAACGGGACUUCUGAGGGCUAGUCCGAGCUCUGCCACUGACUCACCUGUGACCUUGGGCAAGUCACUUAGCCUCUCUAAUGCCUCAGUUUCCCCAUCUGUAAAAUAGGGAUAAUAAUACUUACCUACCUCGCAGGGGGGGUUAGUUCAUUAUUUAUAAGCACUUUCAGAUCUUCAAAUUAAAGGCGCUAUAUACAGUAAGUAGUUAAUAUUCGUAGCAGUAGUAUGUACUUUUAUUUUCUUACAACUAAUUCAGGUUAGGAUUUAACUGUAUGUCCGUUACGAUAGUUUUCCAUGUAGAAAACUAGCACGGUUUCCCACAAAGGGAACUUAGGGGACUUCUGCAGUAGACAGAGAGCAGGAGCAGCGAACCCUGGAAGCCUAAACUCUUAACACCCUUGCUUUUGUGAUUUAUGUCUCACCCUUAAUGUCACUUUACCGUAUUUAUGUUUCAUCCUUUUUCUGACGGUACAUGUAACAUAAUUUUUAGCAGAAACAGCCACUGUAAAUAUUAAGAGUAUUUAAAUAAAUACAUUCAUGUAUAAAUAUAAAACCUUUCCUUUUAAAGAGGUUAAAACUAGUUGAUGCAACAGACUUCUAAGCAUGGGGAGGUUCCACAGGCAGCCCAGCACUGAUGCACGCACACACGGCAGGAUACUGGAGCAGGGCUACAGGGAAAUUCCACAUGUCAUCACCUCCUUAGCAUUCACUUUUCACCCCAUCACUGGCAAGGGCAGCAAGUCACGCAGGUGACAGGGUGUCGCAGGAGGGCACGCCAUGCGCUGGGGAAAAGGGAGGCCGUGGCUGGAGCAAAAUCGCCCUGCUGCCCGUUUUGCCCCGAGGAGCGGGAUAAGGCGGCUCCCACACACGCACCUCGGGCAGUGGUGCGUCGCCAGCACGAUGGCUGCGGGAGGAACCUUUCCCGGAUACCGGGAGACCGUCUCCUGUGUCCCUCCGAGGGGGCUCUUCGCCCUCAUUUCUCUGUAGGUACAGUUUGGUUUUCUUUAGUGCUUACUCGGGAUAAAGGUCUUUGGUUUGAGCGACAGGAGCUCUAAGACUUGACUUACACAGUACAGGCACUACGAGCAUCCCAAGCUCCCUUCCAGGAACGCGAGCGGUUGCAGGGUAUCCGCACCGGCUAUUUGGACAGUUACUAACAGUGUGAGCAAGGAUCUGAUUUACUGCUGGCUUUUCUAGCAGUUCGAGAACUACACGAGCACCUGCUGCUCUCACACCAUUAAGCGUACGUCCCACUUCCCUUGGGACUUCUCAGCUUUGCUUUGAUAUUUCUACUUUCCUUUUCAAAAGGCCAAAAUCCCAAAGAAAAGCAUAUUUCGAUUAACCAGGAAGAGGUGCAGUUUUGGUUUAAUUUUUGGCUGAGUUCUCCUUCAACUGGUUAACUUGUCCUGCAGAAUGCUAACACUUUUCCACAGACACAUCCAUGAGAAAGCUCUGUGCCCCCUCAAAGGCUGAUUUCCAAAGAAACAGGAUCACUCCACCACCACCGUUGCAAUUCCACUAACAGAAUGGCAAAAAAUAAGCAAAAACAUCCAAACCACCAGGGCAGCCUAUGAUGAAUGAAAGUCGUUACUUAACUAAAAACUCUCUGGAGCUGUUUUUGGGGUGGGUGCGCUGCGAGGACCUCUUCCUCGCAAGAGGGACUCGGCUGGCCAGGGCAGGCAGCACAGCGGGUUGCAGCCCAGGUGUGCUGGAAGCCCUGGUGACUCUCAUUCAUGUAAUGGUAAAAUUAAUUGGAAUCAGUGAGACUACAGUGAAUAAUAAAUCAGCUCACUGGAGGAGCAUGUAAAAUAAGCUGUUAACAAAAUAAUCUGUAGUUUUCAGUGACUGUGUAACUUGAAACCUAACAACGCAGUUGUCCAGUCCCCUACUGGAUUUUUUUUUGGAGGAGCAGGCAGGGAACACUCCAGGCUAGCCACAUUACAAAUGUUUAGAAAAUACACUAAUUUGAUUCAAUUUCAUUUUCACACUACUUCUUUCCCCAUUUCAGGCCAUUACACUUUUACAAACAAGUCAUUUAUAUAUUAUUCACAUAAUUGCCUCCACCCAGAACAACUACUGCUCUGGAGUAACUUCACGACCAAGAACAAGUGUUUUAAAAACAAAACAUGCUUUGUCUAAAAAGGUAAAUUUAAAAAGCGGAAGCAUUUGAUCCUUAUCUUCUGAAUGUUUGAUAGUAUUUUAUGCUUCAGGGAAAUACUUUUACUGCUCUUUUAAGGUGUGCAAAACAAACAAAAAAAACCCCCACCAUAACAGCAACAGAAACGCCCUAACCUAGCUCAAACCACCCACAAUUUUAAAGGCCAAAUUGAUCCUGGAGUUCUUUCUUUACAUACAGACCCUUCUCGAUCGAUGGCUCACUGACUACGGAAAACAGUGCAGCCCAUUCCUCCUGGCUAGCACGUCCUCCUUCAGCAUGGCUUAUUUUGUUUAUUUUGGGGUGGUUUGGUUGUUUGGUUUUUUUUUUCCCCUCUCCAGUUUAAAGCAUUUCCAUAUCAGCAGUUAAGUCCUAAGCCAGCAGAAACGAUGUGCUUGGGACAAGACGUGAUCAAUCAAGGAGCUGGCCUUUUAGCACAUUAGCUAACAGAACACUGUGAUACCUUUAGCCAACAGAGUGAAAUGCCUUUUGACUAUAAAUAGUUGUUUUUGAGCAAGGGGGCACUUUUUGGUCUAGCUAUUUUUUGGGUAUUGUACAGUCUUAUUUAAAAACUACUGAAUGUGUUUAUAGGUGGGUCUGGGAACUAGAGGGCUAGGGAUCUUUGCGAAACCAAGGACAGCAGAUGUUUAAGUACUCUCUUUUCUAUAUGGCAAGCCCUAGAGACCCGGGCUUACUCUGCAAACAGGUUUUUUAGCAAUCAAGUUUUAAUAUCAAAUUAAAUCUUCAUUAAAAAAAAGCUAUCACAGAAACGGCUUUACACCUGAGCAUAUUUUAAAAUGCCAUUUUACUUCAUGGGAUAAAAAAGGUGAGGGUUUUUUUUUUUUUUUUCCUCCUUUUUUAUUUUAGUUUUGGUCAAAAACUUGAUGGCCUUUUCCAGGCAAAAGAGCUUUUAGAUGUUGUAAGAAUUUUGCGUACGUAAAGAGGGAGUGGGGACCUCAGCAUUUGCCAGUUGGGUAGUAAUAGCCACCCCUAGAGAAGGGGGGGGGGGGGGGGGGGUAGAAAAGGAGAAUAGCAAAAAGCAAAAACAGACGCUUAGUUUUAUGUACUUUUCUACUUGCAUCUCUUCUGUCCGUAGUGCAGACUCCAUGUCAUACCCUCGUAUAACAUGUAAAAAUGAAAUGGUGUACAUAAUAAAUAAAAUUAUUUAUUUUAUGUGUAUUUUUAGCUUAACUGUAAACUGAAAAAAAUAAAAAGCAUUUAAUUUUUUUCCCAGAAAUGUAAGCCUAUUGAAAUUCAAGGUGUUUCUACCUUUUCAGAUGUAACAUUUCCAGCUGCCUAUUGAUAAUAAACAUUUAUGAACAGCAA